AUGAUCGUAGAAGUCGCAGUGUCGCUAUUCCUUAUUUGGACUAUUUGGUACAUCAGUAAUACCUGUAUAAAGAAACAAGGAAUGCCCUCCGGAUCCUUUCCCUUCCCAUGGAUUGGCAAUGUACCUCAUGUAACAUCCGACCAAGCAUUUCCUUUCAGGAAAUUGUCGAAAGAAUAUGGAGAAAUCUUCACUGUAUUCAUGCCCAAUGGAACGUUUGUUGUACUAAAUACCGCAUCACUCGCAAGAAAUGCAAGACUUGGCACAAAAGACGACGUUGCCGGCAGGUCAUCCGAAUUAACUAAUUAUCCGUUGGAACUUAUAUUAGGGAAGGACGUUGUCUUUUCAGAUUACUCAGCCGGGUAUUUAUUUCGCAAGAGAGUGUUUAAAUCAUCACUUCAUGUAUUUGGAUCCGGUCUUGGGCAAGCUGAAGACCGUGCAAGACAUGCCGUUCAACUUGCACUGCAAGAAAUUGAAAAAUGUCAAUCGUUCUCGCCAAACGAACUUGUCCCAUCAACAAUAUUUGCACAAGUUUGGGAAUGGUUAACAUCUAAGAAGAUAACUCUCGAUGAUCCGACCAUAAGUUUAUUUAAAGAAAUACAAGGGAUAAUAAUGAAUCAGUCUAGGGAAAGAUCCAUAUAUCUUUUGAUACCAUUCCUUGGAUACAUAACAAACUACAACCGUAAGAUAGAGAAGGCAAAAGAUAUCAAGAAACGGCUAUUGCCACACGAAUUCUCUGCUCACCGUGAGACCUACACUCCAGGUGUCAUACGGGAUUUGACAGACAGCUUCAUCGGUGCCUACGAGAAAGAGAUUGCAAACUGGACAGGCAAGGCCAUCGGGUCGAUAGAAGAUGUACCUGACUUAAUGUUAGAUGUUGUUUUAACAGCAAUAGAUACAGUCUCAACUACAAUUUGUUGGUUUAUUCUUUAUAAUGUCUUACAUCAAGAUAUUCAAGCAAAACUCCACAAGGAGCUUGAUGACGUGGUAGAAAAUGAUCGCCUUCCAUGCUGGAAAGAUGCUCAGAACAUGCCUUAUUUACAGGCUACUUUAUGCGAAGUACUACGAAGAUCAGAUAUUGUUCCACUCACAGCAACAACUGUUAUUCGUGAUACAACUAUCGGUGGUUAUCAUAUUCCAAAGAAUACAAAUAUCGUCAUAAAUAUUAACGAAAUCCAUCAUGACCCAAAAGAAUUGCCCGAACCUAAUGAAUUCAAGCCUGAACGAUUUCUUGACAAUGAUGGAAAGUUUGUGGGUUGGACAACGAAACAUGCUUUCAUGCCCUUUGGACUUGGUCGCAGAGAAUGUCUCGGUCAGCUUUUUGCAAGGAUCGUGAUGUUCACAUUUGCAUCAACGUUGCUACAUCUCUACAAGAUUGAGCUUCCUGAGGGAGCGGAGAAACCAACUACUUCACCCAUUGGUCUGCAAAUUCAUCACCCUAAAGAUUUCACAGUUGUGGCGAAAAAAAGACAUUAAUAUAAGUGUUUACAUGGAGAAAGAUCUUCCCUUGAAAUUAUUUCAAUCACAUUACGUUUUCAUUAAGUCUUUAAAUUUGUUCAUAAAAUGGAAUAAUCACGCAGAAUAAUCGGUACGAGAGUGUUAGAUUUCCCCCCUUUUCGAACAACUUAACGACAAUGAUUAUCAGUCGAUCAAUUUUCAGUGUUCCAUUACUUUUCGCUUGCGGAAGGAAUGGUAGUUGCAAUUUUGCAUACACUAUAAUGUACAAUGG